AGGCAGAACUGUACAAGCUGCAUGAAGACAGAAGUCUGCAUUUCUGGAGAUACCGUAGAAACUGGUCAGGAAGGUUUCACUCGUGUAAGAGAAGCGUGGGAAUGUGAAUCUAAUCAUCAGAGAUGUCAACAACUCCUGUAGUUCACACUUAAUUGUGACAGUUUGGAUUUGAGCCCUUUGAAAACUGGAACCAUAUCUCACAUAAUUCCAUGUAGCACAGGGCCUGGCACAUGACCACUGGGAACUCAUUUCCGGAGAUUCAGCUUCAUUUUGUGUUUUAACUUCUGAAUCUGGAACAGGGUAUCUAUGUUAAGGAGGCAAGUGAAGUGGAAAACUGAGCUUAUUCUGAAUAUUGGGUUUAUCCUGUAUGGGACUCUCUGUGCUUCCUGGACUUGGGUGACUAUUUACUUUCUCAUGUUAGAGAGAAACUUGAGUUACACGUACUUACUCUUCUGGGUACUGUUAUAAGUGGGUGCAGGUACAGUUGACCUCACUGUCACUGUCAAGAUUUUGAUGCCAUAGAAGUUGACCAAACCAGGAGGGGACAGAAUGAGGAAGCAAAUUGUCUAGGAUCACGGAUUUGGAAGACUGCAAGACUAUAGGUGACCUUCACCAAAUGUUACAUUGUGUCAGUGCCAGCCUUCCGAGGAAGCCUUGCCGCCAGAGCAGGGAAAGAGAAGUUCAACAGAAGAUUCCAGACCAAAAUUGAAAAAAUGGUCGAGCUCACGCAGCUAAUGGACAAUGAAGUAUUCAUGGCCUUUGCCUCCUACACAACGAUUGUUCUUUCAAAAAUGAUGUUUAUGAGCACUGCAACUGCAUUCUAUAGAUUGACAAGAAAGGUUUUUGCCAACCCAGAAGACUGCGCAGGCUUUGGCAAAGGAGAGAAUGCCAAGAAGUAUCUUCGGACAGAUGACAGAGUGGAACGUGUACGAAGAGCCCACUUGAAUGACCUCGAAAAUAUUGUGCCAUUUCUUGGUAUUGGCCUUCUGUAUUCCUUGAGUGGUCCAGAUCUCUCUACUGCCAUCCUGCACUUCAGACUCUUUGUUGGAGCACGAAUCUACCACACAAUUGCAUAUUUGAUACCCCUUCCCCAGCCAAAUCGCGCUUUGGCUUUUUUCCUUGGAUAUGGAGUUACACUGUCAAUGGCUUACAGAUUGCUGAGAAGUAGAUUGUACCUGUAAAGAGAAUCAUACAACUCAUCACCCAGUGAUUUUCUAACAAUUCUGUACUUCCAAUUUAUAACAAAUACUUUUUAAGAUUUUAAGUGGGAAGGGAGCAGAGAAAUUAAGAUAGGGAAAACCUAGUCUGAAUAUUAAUGUCACCAAUAUCCUUUAUUCUUUUUUAAUAUUUGCACUAGAAAUUUAACAUAAUUUUUAGCUCUUUGGUCGUAUUCUUAAAGUACUUUGUUUUAAAUUUUGAUUGUAAUUUGUAACAUUAUUCAACAUUUCAUAUUUUAAAUCUUUAGAAAGAGUAAGUACAUGUAUGUUAAACUUGUAUUUCAGUAUUGCUGAAAUCGACAUAUGAAAUAAAGAAUUUAAAGAACGAU